GCCACGUCUGAGCUGAAAAAAGAACUAAAUCCCUUGGGCCAAAUUCAUUCCUGCAGUUGCUUGAUUGAACACAGCGCGUAUACACUGAGCACAGAUUUGGCUCGUACCUGACUUUGUCAGCAUUCACUGUGCUGUAACUAAGUAACAAGAGCACUGUCAUUAAGGGACUGAUGAACAGCUUUCUCUAAGGUUAUUAGAGCACUGAGCACCUUUAAGGAGUGCAGAAAUCUGUGAAAGGAGGAGUUGGGGAAAAGGACACCGCUCCUUUUAGAGUCUGUAACAGAACUGAUAAGCUAUUCCUGUGGUGUGAUCGAAUGUGACUGAAUACUGCAGGCUCUUGGACUUUUAUUCUCUAAAAUCCACAUCAGAGCAGCACAGGAAAAGAUCGGAGGGAACAGCUUCUGCUUUACUGAGAAAGAUGCAUCAGAUUGAUGACUCAUGUCAAAGGUUUCAUAAGCAGGAAAAAAGCUACUCUCUUCUGUAAACCAUUCUACCUGCCUACCUUGGCUGCAGGCUCUGAAAAGAGGGAGGCAGGUUGAGUCCUACUGAACCAUCAAGCGCAGCUUCUCCGCAGAGCAUGCAAGGAAGGCAGGUGCUUGCAAAGAGUUCUGCGUGCAAGAUGCUGGAGAGCUCUUCAGUCCUUUUGUUCAUUGUCUUUGUCCUGAUUUUUGUUUUGCUGCUCUUCACGGUGCUCAUCAGGAAAAACGCUGCUGCUGUUGCCCUUAUCUGGCAUGAAAUAAUCCGGGAAAAAAUAACCAAUUUCAUCAUGAAUCAGAGCAAAGAACAGAGGAUUUUAGAUUUCGUGCUGCAGAAUGCAGUCCGAGGAGACCCCUGUAGCGUGGUGGACACUAUAGAUAAGUACUGCUCCCAGAAAGAGUGGGCCAUGAACGUGGGCAAUGAGAAAGGUAUAAUUCUAGACAAAACAGUGGAAGAGGUCAAUCCAUCAGUUGCACUGGAGCUGGGAACAUACUGUGGCUACUCAGCAGUUAGGAUUGCUCAGCUGCUGAAGCCAGGAGCUCGUCUUCUCACUGUGGAGUUCAACCCAAAAUUUGCUGCUAUAGCUAAACAGAUGAUUGAGUUUGCUGGAGUACAUGAUAAGGUAAAAAUCCUAGAAGGCCCAUCAGAGGAGAUUAUCCCUCAGCUGAAGAAAAAAUAUGAAGUGGAUACUCUGGAUUUUGUCUUCCUGGAUCACUGGAAAGACAGAUACACACCAGACACCAUCUUAAUUCAGGAAUGCAACUUGCUGAGAAAGGGCUCAGUUCUUCUGGCUGACAACGUCAUCGUCCCAGGAGCUCCAGAAUUCCUUAACUAUAUCCGCAACAACCCCCGUUUCCAAUGCACUAACUACCCAUCUCAUCUGGAAUAUAUGAAAGUGAAGGAUGCUAUGGAAAAGGCUGUGUUUUUGGGAUAAGGAGAGCCAUUAAUACUCAGUCUUUGUUUCAAAUGAUGUAAAUGCAACUGCAUGUUAACUUGUCCAUGCUUUACAUUUUGUUUUGGUUUUGUGUGUGUUUUUUGUUUUGUUUUGUUUUUUUUUUUUAAAUUUUGUAAUGUGGAGCCUAUUAAUUAAAGCAAGUGCUAGUGGAGAUCAUUUUAGAGCAGAUGGAAACCAAGAUCGGAAGUAGGUAGAGUAACUGCUCAAAAGUCUAUUCCAUUGUUUCACGUAAUUCAGCAAACCCAAGGUGCUGCACAUUGCCUUGCCCAGCACAUAAUUGAACAACACAGUCUGUUACUCUGAGCUCAAAACUGAACAACCACAGUUUGGGCUUAAGGUGGGGUGGAGAAAGUCACUGCAACUUCUGAAGGCUUGUGCCCUCAAGCUAAACAGAUUAAUCAUUAUCAAGAGUGGAAAAAAGCAUGCGUGUUGCAAGAAAAGACUAUUUCAGGAGCCCCGAUUUUACUAAAUUACUAGCAUGCCACUUUAUGCAGUGAAGGCUCCUGUUGUGAUAUCAGAUACAAUUUUGCAUUGUUACUGCAAAAGUUAAUCAUCUCUAUGCUAGAGAAGAAGGCGUGCACUGAAAGAAAAAAGACACAGCAGCGCUGAGAAAAUAAGGCCCAUGCAGAGGCAGGGAAAACUGAAGCAGUAAACAGACUAAAAUAAACACAGUAACAGCUAACAAAAGGAGGCGGCUCUUUCUGAAAGAACACCAAAACUACGUUAUAUCAGAGAUCUUGAGAAAAUGCUGCUUAUCACCUCAUAUUUACUAUCCCCUCAUUAUAACAUGUAUACAUAAUGUGUGCGUCUUAGGGACAGUGCAAGCUGCUUACUCUGAAGUGCUGUGCAUAUUUAAGAUGCUGUAUAGAAAUAAGGACCAGAGAGAACGGGUUUUACCAGGUGGGCCUGCACACUCUGGUUAACUUCAGUGUUAUUAACACUGUAUGAAUAGAGAGGGCUUUCACUGAGAACAUACAAAGCCAAAUCUGAAGUCUUUAACUCACCUGACCAAUGCAAAAAUCCUCUGGCAUUUCCUGGCAUAUCCUGCUGUGAUUAUAUAAUGAGACAACGGUCGUAUUUAUAAAUAAAAACUAAAAAACAAUA